UAACCGUUUGCCGUUAACAAAAACAAAUCUUAAAAAUAAUCAUAUUUGAAAUAUUUUAUCGGCCUGAAACUAUAGGAAAAUAUCAUAAGUACAACACGUUGAAGGUGUUGAAUUUUCUUGCUUCUUAAGUUAUAAAAAUGUCUAUUUUCGAUGGAUUUCAAGAUCUAUAUGAAAAUCAUAACCAAUCUUUGACCCGAAAUGAUCGCAAUGAUUCAAUCAAAAAGCAUCCUGUAAUAAAUGUGACAAGAGAUUUACAUCAUCACAAAAUAUCGGAUGAAAACGUUUCCAUGUAUAUAAAUGUUGAAGAUAGUUUCUUGAAGAAGAUAUCAAGUGUCUGGUACAACCAGGGCUUCAUGGAAGCACUGAGUAUUGCUGCUGAUACCAGAAUCAAUCGGGAAAGCAAAUUACUAGCAAUAACUGCAUCAUAUGCAUUGAAAGUCACAAGUAUAUUUUCAACAUUUCGGUAUUUCUUACAACCUCAUUUGAAGGAUAUUGGCCCUAAAAUUGUUUCGAAGUAUUCCAGAACUAGGAAUUGGAGUUUUGCUCCUGUCAAAUGUAUGACUUGGCAUCCGUAUACUACAAAAAUAGCAAUUGCUACAGCAGACGAUGCAGUAAGGAUAUAUUGCUCAGAUGUCACAUUUGUUUCCACUUUAAAGUGUAAGGCUCAGACACAUGUGUCGUCAGUCAGUUGGAGACCAUAUUCAGCUUCAGAAAUAGCUGUUGGAUGUGAACAAGGUGUUAUUGUGUGGACUGUUGAUCCUAAUUCUAUGUUUACAAAGCCAUCAUCUAGUAAUGCAGUUGUUUUGAAAAGGUCUGGCCACAGUCCUGUCACAGAUGUAAGCUGGUCACCGAAUGGAGAUUUGCUUGUGAGUUGUUGUGGAGCAGAUACCUCAAUGCUGGUCUGGGAUGUUUCUAUGGAAGUUGCAGUGCCAUUAAGAAGGGUAGCAGGAGGUGGGAUUGUGUUUGCAAGAUGGUCUCUGGAUGCUAGUAAAAUAUUUGCUGCCACAUCAUCUCUUAUAUUUAGGGUUUGGGACACAAUUACAUGGACACCAGAACGAUGGUGUGCUCAAGGUUGUAGGGUAGUCGCUGCUUGUUGGGGACCAAAAGAUAUUGUCUUGUUUGCUGCGAAAGGAGAACCUAUAGUGUAUGCAUUAAGAAACACUGGACUCCUCAAUGGUGCAAAAGAUAGCAAAGCACAGCCAGUGUUGGAUGUAACAAAAGUACAACUAUCGGAGCAAUGUAUUGGAGGUCCCAUCCUUGACAUGUGUUGGGAUCCUACUGGAAAAUACCUUGCACUCAUGUUUGAGGAAUCAUACAUAAUUGCUGUUUUCUGCACAACCUAUAUGAUGAUGCAACUUAAUGUUUUUCCUUGUUGUUUGGUGCAGCCACAAGACGACUGUGAAAUGCCGUCAACUAUGGCCUUCCAGCAAAACUUCACUGAUGGAGCGUGUUUAACCAUAGCCUGGUCUACCGGCAGAGUCCAACACUUCCCAAUUAUUAAUAAUGAUGAAUAUUAGUUUUUUAAUGUUGUAUCUUUAACAUCUGUAUGAAACUGGUGUCAUUAAAAAAAUGGCGUUGACUGUUAUGUGAAUGGUGUGGUUUAUAAAAGGCUUAGUUCCAUAAUUCACUGUGAAAGACUAGUAUUUUUUGAUUUAAAUCUUACCGCAACCGUAAUAAGAUUGUCUUACAAUAACUUCAGCGUUGUUUCUGUGUGCAGAUGUCGGUUUCAAAUGUUGAAUAUCAUUUUAUGCAUCUUUUCUUUGUUCGAAAUUUUCAUGGAUUUUGUUAUUUCUUUGCUUCUUGCGAGUAUAGCUCGAUAAUUUUAUUGUAUUUACAGACAGCAACAAAUUGUAUUAGGACGAAAAUUGUCCUAAUACAUUUUGUUUCUAAGAAUAAGCGACACAAUCGCUAUUGCAUGAUGAUUAUAAUUCAAUUGAUUUGAAUUGUGUUUCAUAGUGGCUUAAAACUUGUUUCAUAUUGUAUGGUCUCCUAUAAAACUUGAUAUAAACUCAAAAGUGACUACUAUUUUGAGUUGUUAUUAAAAAUAAUUAAUAACGGGGCCAUUGAACAAACUUUAAUUGCAGAUAAAUUUGUGAACAUACCCAGUAGUCACAUUUAAAAUGAUCCUCGCAGUUUUGUAGUGGGACGGAACCUUAUCAUAUAACAGUCUGAUGUGAUGUCAGCAGGCAGCCGCUAAUAAUUUAAUUUAUUUUCAAUAAUUAUAAAUUAUCGGUUAUAUUAUACUCACUUAUGUGGAAUAUGUUCAUAUUUAAUAAGAAUUUUUGUAUACUAUAAUAGGUAGUGGUGCAAAAAGUUCCUCAAAAACUUAAACUUUCUGUUAUGUAAUAGUUAUUUAUGCAACUGUUGUGUAAUAAGGGGUAUUAAAACACGAAUGUGGAUUCGACGAGGCGAAGCCGAGUGUGAUAAUAGUAUCACAUGAGUGUUUUAAUACCUAAUUAUCAACAGUUACAUACAAGACUAUCUACACCCAAAAUAUGAAUCCUCUAAAAGAUUCUGGAACAGUUAGCUUACUGCUAACAUUUUUUUGAAAUUCAUACAGAUACCACGCAUCGAGCAAUAAGAAUGUGGCUGUAUGUUGAAACUCUUUGCGCAUGAAGGGAUAAAAAAAAACAUAGGAGUGUUGUUAUGAAAUUCAGUAAAACAUUACAACACUCUUUUGGAUGAUGUAAUGGUUAUUAGAACAUUGGGUGUUUUAAUGUUGGCAAUAAGCUAAAUGUUUCAGAAUCUUUAAUAGAGGAUUUAAAGCAUGGGUGUAGAUAAAAUAAUAUAAGUUGAUAAUGAUACAUUCAGCUGAAAACUGCUGUAAAGUCAUAGUGCAGGUAAUGAAAAUACAAUAUUGCUUCAUGAGAAUAGUGUUCAAUUUUUUUUUUAUUACAUAUCUGUUGAGUUUUAGGGACAAUAAUCUUCAAAACCAAUAAAUAAUACAGAGAAGUUAUUUAAAUUAAGCAAAGGUUUAAUGUGAUAAGAUAUAAUGGCGUGAGAUGAUUUUUUACAUAAACAACAAAUAAAUAUAAAGCUGAUAUUAUA